CUCUCUCUGCAGUUCUACAAAUACCAACUCGCAGCCACAAUCCUUCAAAAUUCAACUCUCUCCAUCUGUGUGAUCCAAAACGCUUACAAUGGCCGAGUCCGCAGUCUCCCCAACUCCUCUAUUGAAAGAUGAGCUCGACAUAGUCAUCCCCACGAUCAGAAACCUUGAUUUCUUGGAGAUGUGGAGGCCAUUCUUCCAGCCAUACCAUCUCAUCAUUGUUCAGGAUGGUGACCCCUCUAAAACCAUUAAGGUCCCUGAAGGUUUCGACUAUGAGCUCUAUAACAGAAAUGAUAUUAACAAAAUUCUGGGUCCCAAAGCUUCUUGUAUUUCCUUCAAGGACUCUGCUUGUAGGUGCUUUGGCUACUUGGUUUCUAAGAAGAAGUAUAUCUAUACCAUUGAUGAUGACUGCUUUGUAGCUAAAGAUCCUUCUGGCAAAGAUAUUAAUGCACUUGAGCAGCACAUAAAGAACCUUCUGAGUCCUUCUACUCCAUUUUUCUUCAACACCCUGUAUGACCCAUAUCGAAAUGGUGCAGAUUUUGUCCGUGGGUAUCCAUUCAGCCUUCGUGAGGGUGUUCCCACAGCUGUAUCUCAUGGCCUCUGGCUGAAUAUCCCAGAUUAUGAUGCCCCUACCCAGCUUGUCAAGCCUCUUGAGAGGAACACCAGGUAUGUGGAUGCUGUAAUGACAAUACCAAAGACAACCUUGUUCCCCAUGUGUGGUAUGAAUCUGGCAUUCAACCGAGAAUUGAUUGGUCCUGCAAUGUACUUUGGUCUCAUGGGCGAUGGUCAGCCAAUUGGACGCUAUGAUGAUAUGUGGGCUGGCUGGUGCACUAAGGUUAUAUGCGACCACUUGGGCUUUGGAGUCAAGACAGGAUUGCCUUACAUAUAUCACAGUAAAGCAAGCAACCCAUUUGUGAACCUUAAAAAGGAAUACAAAGGAAUCUACUGGCAAGAAGAGCUGAUCCCCUUUUUUCAAUCUGUAGUACUUCCAAAGGACUGCAGCACUGUUCAGAAGUGCUACAUUGAACUCUCCAAGCAAGUUAGAGCAAAACUUGGUAAAGUUGAUGAAUACUUCAUCAAGCUAGCAGAUGCCAUGGUCACAUGGAUUGAAGCAUGGGAUGAGCUAAACUCAUCAGGGACCUCUGGUGAAUUGAUCAACGCUACUGCAAAAUAGAAUUCUUGAUAGCAGAGAGGUUAACAGUUUUGAGUCCAUUUAUUGAGCCUUUUGCUUUGAAACUUGGAUUAAUUGUUUUGAUGGUAGAGGGAAAAGAUAUUGUUUUAUCUUAUAUUAUGAGCUUAGAACAGUAAUGAAUGAUGUAUUUCUGUAUUCUGGAUUUAUUAUCACUUUGAAAUGGUAAUGCAUUUUGUUGGUAAUUAA